GACUGAUUGCAUUACACUUUUCUCAUCUUUCCAGUGCCCAUAAAGCCCACCACAUCCCAUCCUGCAGUCCCUGCUAACUCUUCCACCGAGAAUCAAACUCCAUCCCGCAAAUACGAUCUUGCUGCUGAGCUUUCGCACACUCAUAUCUUAUCUCCUUCAGGCUUCUGCCCCACUUUCGUUUGUUCAUCUCCACAACCAGAACUAUCAUGUCCGCGACGACGUUCGGCCACCGGGGCAUCGAAGCAGUCCAACACAAAGAUUGGGCGACAGCUAUCUCCCUCCUCGACAAGGCGCUCGAAUCAUCAAAUGCGCCCGGUUGGCUGCUCGCUCGUGCGCAGGCCCAUCAGCAACUGAAGAACUACGAUGCAGCCCUCCGUGAUGCCGAGCUCGCCUACCACGUGGCCGCGGAGCGAGGUUCUGGUAACUCGCGCAAGCAGAUGAUUGAGGCCCAGUAUCGUCGAUCAGUUGUCUACCACAAACUGGAGCGCUACGCCGAUGCGGACUGCUGUGCUAAGUGGAGCAUGCUGCUGGCGGAGGGCCGCCCGGUAGGCGAGGACGACGGCGUCCAGAAGAAGGUAGACGCAAACGGCAACUACGUUGUCACUUAUGAGGACGGCGUUAGUGACCACAAGGGGCAGCCGGGCCAACCUGCGCAGGGCGCCUCCCUUAGUGACCGUGUGUUCGGAGUCAUGAGCGCACAGUCGGCGGGGACGGCCAAGACUGGUUUCGAGAGCGACUGGAAGCGCGCCUACACCUGGAGAAGCCAGGUACUUGGCCGCUUGAAGUCACUGCCGGAAGACCAUCCUGGGCGGAAGGUCAACGUCGCCAAGGUCCCCAAGAAGCCGCAACCGAAGCCGGAAAAGAAGCCCGGUCCAGAACGACCCGAGUCGGCUAGUGAUGUGGAGGAGGAGCUGAAGUCAGCUAAGCUUGUAGAACCUGCCCCAGGCAGUGUUCCCGACGAGCAGCUAAAGCUCCGCGUCGACUUCUAUCAGAGCAGCCAGAACGUUUCAGUCUCUCUGUUCGUGAAAGAUGUGAAGAAGGAAACUCUCAGUGUCAAGUUCUUCAAGAACAAGGUUGAGAUUUCGCCGCUUCCUCGUCCCGCCGCUCCUUACGUGAAGCCCGGUGACCGCGAGGCCACAUCCACAUUCACCCUUGGCGGUGAGAUUGACCCGUCGAAGAGUCGUUGGUCUGUCACACCGCGCAAGCUUGAGCUGGUCCUGCAAAAGGCCACGCCGGGCGUCAAGUGGGGCACGUGGGGUAGCGAAGAGAUCGGCUCGGUCGCGUUGGCAGAUGCGGGCGACGAGCCAUCGGCUACGCCGCUCGCGGAGAGAGCGGAGAACAAGACCGCGGCCCCCACGGCCUCGGCCCCGGUCCCCGCCGCCGCCGCCCCUCCGUCGACUGCGACGGGUGCCCCAGCCUACCCCACCAGCAGCCGUUCCGGCCCCAAGAACUGGGAUAAGCUUGGCGAUGCCGAGGGUGACGACGACCCCCAGGACGUGAACUACUUCUUCAAGCAGCUGUACAAGGGCGCAACGCCCGAACAACAGCGGGCCAUGAUGAAGAGUUUCAUCGAGAGCAACGGAACGGCGCUCAGCACCGACUGGGACGACGUCAAAAGCCGGAAGGUCGAGACGGUGCCGCCAGAGGGGGUCGAGGCUAAGAAGUGGGAAGCUUAGGCUGUUUGUCGAGGGUUCGCCGGGGCGUUGGGGGGAGAAGGGGGGCAUUGUACUUCCAACAGCCGCGGAUGGGGCGUUGAUUAUGUUCGGUGGGGAUUUGUUUACGACAGCAUUGCAGCGUUGGGUCGCGCAUGGCGUUGGAGGGAUAGUCAAGAAUUCUCGGCGCAUGGGUGUUAGCCGGACGGACGUAAGGAGCAGGAAUAGGGUAUCAGCUACCUCGUGUUCGGUCGAACCUUUUUGAUACCACGAAUAAUUACAACAUUACAUGUCUGCUUGGUCUUA